AGAAGAACGAAGUCGUCAACGAGCCAGCGGAUAUGCCAUAUAAGCCCUGACUUAUGAUGGCUGCACUUGACGACGCCGUCGUCAUCCCUGUCCUCACUGAGGUUAAGAGUGAGAUUCUGUCCCUUGAUGAGAUGGCGGAGAAGUUCAAGAUCCUCAAAACUCAUCAAAGGACAGCGGCCGCUUUUAUGAAGGAGGUGGGGGUAGAAAGCUGGGAGAAAGUCAAAGAGGAGUUCCCAGUUCACACACAAGAGGCGAUGUUAUCCCAGUACUAUGGCCUGUUUGACAAGAAUAUCAAAGGGACCCCGCGUCCUAUGCAGUUGUAUGCGGCCAAGGCCCUUAACUACAGGGAUAAGAUUUCCCAACACGAGCAGCACGCAGCUGGAACACAAGAUCCUGAGGGGUUGCUUGCUGACUGGGUUUCAUUUGAGGGGGAAGGCUACAAGGGGAGUGUUAAGGUGAUGCACUGUGACAUGCUUCAACUGAGUGACAAAUUGGAGGAUAGGCUGUCGUUCACUCUAUGCAUCUUCGACUUCCCUUGUGGAUAUGAUGCCGAUGGCUCUGCUCACGAUGCGGAGCGCUUCACGAAGCUUCAGAUUGAGGCGUCCGUGGAGAACUUCAAGAAGAUCAUCUGUUCUCCUUUCUGGGUGCUUGCAGGCUUCUGCUCUACUGACAUGCUCAGCGAUGUCACAUCUGUGUUUUCUGCUGCGCGCAAUGCUGGGGUGGAGGUGGGUGUUUGGGUUGCUCCCAAUGUUGCUUCUCCUGGUGGGCUCAAGUUCACUAACUGUUGGCAGCACUGUGUUUUUGGCUUUCAUAAUGACAGCGGAACUAGGGAACCCCUGCAGUUUCAAUUCAAUAAUGCUGACUCAAGGUUGAAUUGCUGGAGUCACAAUGCAGUGACCAAGAAGUAUGUCUUUGCUGCAGACAACGAGAUCCUUUGUCCGUACCAGAAACCUGUCACGCUGUACGAGUGGCUCAUCACCAAGUUCUCUAACCCGAAUGACUCGUAUAUUGUAGAUGCAUUCUCAGGGUCAGGGAUUGGGGUUGUUGCAGGGCUUCUCUGCAAAAGGAAUGUCUUGGCUGUGGAGGUUGAUCUGCGUUGUGUGAGGAGGAUCAGGGUCAGGCUAGCGGGGAGGGACUUCCAGGAGAGUGCAAAGCAGGAAAAGGAGAGCACCGGCCGGACAGCGGGAGGUCCGAGAAGCGGCGUCGGCUCUCUCUUCUUCCACGGCAUGUCAGCCGAGGAGAGGGAGCUCAACUUGAAGGGGCGACUCCAGGCGAACAGCUCCGCGAGCGGCGAAUUGGGGAGGGCGGUAUCUGCUGCCAUCGUCGUAACAGCUCAUCUGUCGCUGGGCGCGCGGAGACAGGAGCACGGUGAGGCGAAAGGCGUGGACGACGAGGAUCAGGCACACGGUUUUCGAGUCCGUGUCUACGAUGGCGGCGAUGUGGUCGUGCUGUUGCUGGGGCUUCUCCAGCUUGCCGUUCCUGGACUUGCUCAAACUCCGCCAUCUGGUACGGUAAGGCUCGAGAGCUACAGAUAUAGUGGCUCUGGCUGUCCGCCUGGACGUGCAAACGGCCUACUCUCCCCCGACGGAACGGGGCUCACUGUAUUUUUCGCGGAGUACGCGGCGUUCACCCCAGGAAGUCCAGAUGACCAGGUGAAGAAAUGCCUACUGGCCGUCGAGCUGAUCUAUCCUGCUGGGUUCGCGUUUACUCUGGAGAGUGUGACAGUCAAAGGGAUCGCCCAUUUCGAGGAAGGCGUCAAGGGUUCACUGGAAGUCGGCUACUACAUCUCAGGUAUCCCAGGGGAAGUCAGAACGCUGCGCAGGUUGGCACCUCCCGUCGACGACAUCUUUAAGUUCGACGAUGACUUCUUAACCUUUGUCUAUGCACCGUGUGGCAGUGCGUUGACGACGCUCAAUGUCUAUUCCGAGGUAAGAGUAGUGCCUCCUCCCCCGCCGAGCAAUAACAACAACGGUUCGAUCUUCAUCGACACCCAUGAUUUUCAUCUGCGCUGGAAGAAGUGCUAAGAGCAUACUCGUGCUAAAGCAUUUCUGGAGCCGCUGGCGGCAAAUGCAGCGGAAUCCAGUUCAGAAGAAAGUCGUAAUAUAAGCAUGGCCGAAGCUGAUUUAACCAGGCGUCAACAACAGGGCGGGCGGUGGUUCGACAUCAACAAGCUACUUGGAGAGAAGCGAAAUGAGCAAGCGGGAGGCGAUCAGCCUGGAGAUUAGUGGAUUAAUGUAUCGUUCCGCAGCUGCAUUGUAUUGUCCGGGGCGCGUCACCGAGCGUGGUCAGCUAAGAACUGGCGACAUCACCGACACAGGGGAUCGGACGUGUGUGUGUACAACAGCACUUCGCUGAUGGAGCUCAAUAGGAAGCCUAGCCAGUUGUGRAACYGGUCASUCAAMGAUCAUUAUAAUUAUAUAUAGAGUACGUAUUUAAUGUCUGGCAGGCGAGCGAGUUUCCGCGUCACGUAAUUUCUAAACCUGCAAAAGRAYACGCUGGCAUCUAGGACUUCCGGUGCUGGGGAAGACCCCAAGCCGAGUGCGAGAACUGUUGCGUAAAGAUGAAGUAGACGGCCGUAGCGAACAACAAGGCAUACUACUUAGUACUUAGUGCUCUCUCUCUCUCUCUCUCUCUCUCUCUCUCUCUCUCUNCUCUCUCUCUCUCUCUCUCUCUCUCUCUCUCUCUCUCUCUCUCUCUCUCUCUCUCUCUCUCUCCACUUUGUUUCACUUGCUGGCUUGCUCUUUCGCUUGCUCCAUGUGUUCGUGUGUGACGCACAUCUUCAGAGUCCGAGUCGACACCCACAGGAGUGUCUCGACCGCGGAGGCACGAAGUGCGAUAUUAGCGUGAAUAUGAUCUCUUCUUGUAAAGAAGAAUCGUCUUUUCCAGUGAAUUCCUGCACAUGUAAAAUUUCUCGAAAUCGGUGCAUUGUUCUCCUGUAUCAACAUGUGUUUGCGUGUCCCCCCACCCACUGUCAUGAUUGGAGUGCGUCUGUGCGUAGCACGAGUUGUUGGUUCCGUUGGAGUGUAUGCUUUGCUCUUCCCACCAAUUGGUAUGAGCCUUUUUUUGUGUUUGCGCUCGCUGGUUCUCGAUCUCAUGGGCCUACUGUCUCUCAACGUUUUUUUAACGAACAGACACACGUAGCCUUUGUACUCGCUUGUGCUUGAACGCCCAGCUAGUAGAAGAGUAAAUGGAAUUCUCCGCC